UGUCCUUUAAGCAUGUCGAGAUCCAGUCCUUUUAGUUUCACUUCAGUGAUCUCCAAAACGGGAACCUGGAGUUUGCCACUAUUCCAGUUGGUGCUCUCGGACCCACCAUGUGAAGAAAAUGAAAUGUACAUAAACUAUAAAAAUCAAUACCCAAAUGAUUGGUAUAUCUGGUUCUUGCUCCUAAUUUUCCUGGUGGCUCUGCUAUGCGGAGUGCUCUCCUGCCUUCCCUGCUGGCUGAGGAGAUGCGGGAUGGGUUCCUCAAGACGCACCGGGGCUGUUUUUGCUGUCGGCGACUUGGACCCUGUUUAUGGGACGGAAGCAGCUGUGAACCCAGCUGUUGGAAUUCACCUUCCAACUCAAAACCCUGAACUGUGUCAUGUUUCAGGUUUCAACACUUCAGGAGCACCUCCUCCAUAUGAAGAAAUUCUGAAAUCAAGCCAACUUUAG